AUGAGCAAUGAACUCAGCCUACCCAAAGAUGCUGAUGAUGUCGCGGAAGUAACGGAGGAGUACUGCACUUCCGACAAAUUCAUAGUCGCGGGAGUGGUUGUCUAUCUGCCAAACACCUUUCCAGUCACAAGGCCCAUCGCGGAAGUAAUAGAGGAGUACUGCACUUCCGACAACUUCAUAGUCGCGGGAGUGGUUGUCUAUCUACCAAACACCUUUCCAGUCGAACGCCCAGUAAAUAAGCCUUUCCAUAAAAGUAACCAUCUACUGCACUACCACGAACCCCAAAGUCACGGAAUUGAUACAGACGAUAUCAAACAAGACUCCCUGAGAGGCAUUGCACUCCCGCUAACUCCAAAGUUGCGGAAGUGGUUAAGUUGUUAUCACAGAGGAGUACCACUGGUCGCGGAAGUAACGGAGGAGUACUGCACUUCCGACAAAUUCAUAGUCGCGGGAGUGGUUGUCUAUCUGCCAAACACCUUUCCAGUCACAAGGCCCAUCGCGGAAGUAAUAGAGGAGUACUGCACUUCCGACAAAUUCAUAGUCGCGGGAGUGAUUGUCUAUCUGCCAAACACCUUUCCGGUCGCAAGGCCCAGUAAAUAA